GGGAUGCGUAGACAUGUUGGUAUAUGCUAUAUAUGUUGUUUAGGAAGAAUAUGUCACAUCUGGUUUUAUUUGCUUGAUCAACCCGAAGGAUUCAAACCGUUGGAGAUCACUGCAUGACGGCGUUGCAAGUGUGACUUGAUCGACAGCAAAAUGGACAGUGUAACUGUUGCUGUAAAUGUGAUCGCUGAUAAGCAACUGGACAGUGUCGUAAACGAGAGUGAAUCUGGCAAGGAAGAUGCACUGCCCCGAAGUGAAAGUCAAGGCGAAAAUGUCUGUGGCGAGAAGGAUAGUGAAUUACCCAUGCGCCCCCUGUCACCAAAGCCAGCUGUCCUGCCAAAGCCAGCUCUAUCACCAAGGCCAUUUUCACCUACUGGCAACAAGCCAAAGCCAGCUGUGGCCCCACGGCCAUUUUCUCCCACUGGAAACACGACUAAAGCAAUUGUAGUGCCAAGGCCAUUCACACCUACAUCAUCGAAACCAACUGUACCUCCAAGACCAUUCUCACCCCCAAAUGUGGCAAAGCCUAGUGCGAGUUCAAGACCUCUCUCGUCUCCAACUAUUGCGGAAAAGCCCGCCACAUGGUCAGCACUGGUUGCUCCUGCUCCGUUUCCACUCGCGAAACCUCUUUCACGAAAACAACAGGCGAAUUCGGAAGAGGCACAACGGCCGCUCUCGCCGCCACCGAAAUUCAAGCCGAUAGCGCGACCGCUUGGUCAGCCUCCACACCCACCAACAACUGCCGCUCUUAAAAAGCCCCCAACACCACAAACAACUGCCCCUCCUGCACUACCGCCACCACCAACAACUGUGGCCCCUACAAAGCCAAUGCCACUAUAUGCACAAGUGCGUAAAUCUAAUCGGUCAAAUAACGAGAAAAGCUCUUCAGAAGAUAGAGACGCAGAUAUAAGGAAACUUGAUGUUACCAACGAGGAGGCUUUGGAAGGUAUGCCAGUUGGUCAACAAACAAGCAGUGCCUUUGACCGGGACAGUAUGGUCACUGUAGUUGACUUAUGCCUAACUAGUGAUAACUCGUCACAGCUUGCUGACAUAGGGGAACAAGCAUCUGUAGGGGAAAAUAGCCAAGCAAAGCCCGUUAUAGAGCCAAAAGUCUCACAUAUUUACGAUGUAGUGUAUGAACCAUCGGCAGAUAAUGCCAAGUUAAAGGAUGUCAUUGCUGCGAGUGACGCAAAUGAAGGAGGUGAAAACGGUUCUGCAGAAAUGCCAUUCGCAUCGAAUCGUAUAGGAGUUCUCCUCCACCAGCCAAAGUCUGAUUCUGCCGACAUGGAUGUGUUGACAGCUAGCGUUUACGAAGAACCGAUGGUGCCAGCCUUUCCAUCUCCAGAUCAAUUGCCAGUCGACACCAAAGAUGUGAGCGGGCAGUUCUUGACGAAGCACGAGUACACGGUGAAAACGCACGUUAUUCUGCCGCACGAGAGGUCUGCCAUGACGGACGAAAGCGGCUAUGAGUAUGCAACGUGUCCCUUCUGUCCCAACCAUGGAGAGCCCGGACACGAAGCCACGUGUAUGCGAGCAAAGGAUGCCGUCGCUGCGGCGACCGAGGAGGAGGCGAGCAUCGUCUGCGCCGUGGACGAGGGAGAGUACGACGACCUGUGGCUGAGCAACUCCAAAGGCAGCACUUCGACGCAAAACGAAUACGGGCGCCUCUCACGGGGCAACACGGAGCGCACACACGAGGUGUCGCCGGAGACCGGCCACAUCUACAAUCUGUACGACGACUCGGGCGAGCGCGUGCCGAUCGCGCGGCAGCAGAGCGACGACUACUUCGUUGACGAUGACGAGAUAUACGAGGAGAUACGCGCUCCGAAGUUUGGCUUCACCGAAGUCGCGGAGAGCGAGUCGACGAUAUUCUGGUCGUCGGACACGAGCUCGGGCGACAGCGGGGACGAGACGACGGUGCGGCCGCCGCGCGACGACGGGCUCGCACAGCGUCACAGCACGCUCGUCUGCGACAAGCCCACGCGCACGCUGCUGCAGAAGAUCACGCGCAGCAAGAAGACGGAGCAGUACGACCCACAGCAGGCGCACGCGCGCGCAAGGAGGAAGAUCGACGACGAGGAGCACCUUGUCCCCGACGUGCGGCUGCUGACGACGCGGCACCCGCCACCCUGCAUGCCGCUGCCGCCGCCCGACGCGAUGUCCGAGAACGAGCUGGUGCGCCGCAAGGUCGUCGCGCAGGUCGUCGACACGGAGAACUCGUACGUCAGCUCGCUGACGCAGCUCGUCGAGGACUACGAGAUCCAGCUGCUGAACGCCGUUCCUCCGCUCGUCGGCGCGUCCAAAGUGAAGACGAUGUUCUUCCGUGUGCGCUCGAUCCUGCAGUGCCACAUGAUGUUCCGCAUCGGCCUCGCGGCGGCCGUCAGCAAGUGGCACGACGAGGAGAAGAUCGGCGAUGUGUUCAUCGCGUCGUUCUCGAAGGCGAUCAUCGUCGACAUCUACAGCGACUUCGUGAACAACUUCACGCAUGCCGUUGAGACGGCGCGCCGGCUCUGCAAACAGCGGCCGCCGUUCGCCGACUUCAUGAAGAACAACCAGGUGAUGUCGAAGGACCGGCUGUCGUUCUUCGGGCUGAUGGUGAAGCCCGUCCAGCGCUUCCCGCAGUACAUCCUCCUGCUGCAGGACCUGAUGAAGCGCACGCCGGCGGGGCACUACGACCGCGUUUCCCUCCAGAUGGCGCUGACGACUCUCGAGUGCCUCGCCGAGAAGCUGAAUCGCCGGAAGCUAGACAGCGAGCACCGGCUCGCCGUCAAGCAGAUCCUGCGCAGCAUGAACGUCAAGUUCGCGCUCAAGUCCAUCGUCGAGGGAGCGCGCUUCUUCGUGCGUGAAGACGCCGUCGCCGAGCUGGAGUUUGACGAGGGCGGUGGGCGCGAGCACCGGAAGCCCCGCAAGCUCAUCCUCAUGAACGACAUGCUGAUCUGCGCGGCGGCGAAGCGGCAGCUGCCUGGCGAGCGCGGCACGAAGUCGCGCGGCUGCUACAACCUCAAGUGGAGCGUCAACCUUCGCGACAUCAAGGUCGUCGACAGCGUCGCGUUCAGCGGCAUCCACGCGGCGCGUCUCAAGGGCUCGCAUGUGUCGCUCGUGUCUCAGCAGACCGAGAAGUCGUCGGGCGUCAUCUCGUCGUCGGGCGGUGUCUCGUCCGCCGUGGGAUCCGUUAGUCCCGGCGCGAUCAGGAGCGGCAUUCACCUGCGCUACGACGAGCUCAACUCUCUCGUGCACGAUUUCACCGUCGUGUCGCAGAUUGACGGCCUGCUGUCAUCGCUCCACCGUCCGCUGCCGGCGCUCAACCACGACGUCAUGCACCAGUUCUCGCGGCAGCUGCAGUGCGAGAUUCGUGCCAAGGACGACGAGAUCGCGCUGUUCAGCGUCUGCCAGGUGAACAUAUCGCUGCCGUCGAAGAGCAAGAGUCAGGGCAGGUUCUACUUCGCCUUCGAAACUUCGACGCCGAAGUCGAAAAAGGACUGGCUGACCGACCUGCACAUGUGCCAGGUGGCGCUUGAGCCUAGCAACAACCCCGCGUGGGACAUCGCUGACAGCGUCGACGACUGCAAGGCGAGGAGCAAGCUGCCAUUGUUCGUCGCGCCGAUGCCGGUCUACAUGGGCAAGGCGGCGACCGAGGUGAGAUGCGGGGCGUUUUGCACCGCCGCCCCGGCCGCGGGCGUGCCGCGAGACCAGCUGUGGGUGUGCAGCAGCGACAGACGCGCCAACAGCAUGACGGUGAUCUCACUGCACAAGACGCACCCGGAGCUCGUGCACUCGUUCGAGCUGCGCUGCCGCGCCACUGUGCAGUGCAUGGCCGUCGUGCCGCAGGACCCGUUCACGACGAUCUGGCUUGGCACGGACACAGGCGAGGUGUGCAUCUACAAGGUCGACCAGACGCGCGCCGAGCUGGUGUCGUUCUGCACGCCAGGGGGCGCCGGCGUCGCCGGGUUUGCGCACGUUGACGGGCGUGUGUUCGUGGCACUCUCGAGCGGUCGCGUUGCCGUGUACCGGCGCGCGCUCGCCGGAGGCUGGCGCACAGACGCGGCGACGCUUGUCGCCCUAGGCGAUGCGCCUGUCACCGCGAUGCUGCCAGCGCCAUCUGGUGACACACUGUGGUGCGCGUGCGGCCGCAAGAUCUUCCUGCUGGACGUCGACGCCGAGGUUGUGCGGCGCAGCUUCUACGUGCACCAUGAGCGCGCGGCGAGUGUCGGCACCCUCGCGCGGGCCGGCGUCGGCGUCUGGUGCAGCAUACGCACGACCCCGCUCGUGCGGCUCUUCCACGCCGAGACCUACCAGCUGCUGCAGGAGCUAAACGUCGCGUCGGCCGUUGGCCGGCUGCUCGGCGAGCGCAAGCAGCCGCGCGGAUCCGGCGUCGCCGUGACGACGCUCGUCGCCUCCUCUGGGUACCUGUGGAUCGGCACGAGCGUGGGCAUUGUUGUUGUGUAUGCACUGCCGCGGCUUGAGGGUGUGCCCGUCAUCAGCAACAAGGCGAUCGUCUCCUAUCACUCGCACAAGAGCGCUGUGACGAUGCUCGUGCCCUGCCUGCCUGCGCAGGCCGCGAUGCAGCAGAGGCAGCCGCCGAGGAGUCUGACGAAGAGCGGCGGCGCCCCCUACGAAGAGGAGCCGAAGCGCGUGAGCAACCUGUCUGCGUACGACAACGUGAGGAAUCGUGAAGCCCCGCCGGCGAGCGAGGUCGACGACGACACCGACGACGUGUACACGACGCCGUACGCAGUCCCGUCCAUGGACGACGACGACGAUCACCACGACGAGGCGGCGGAGGAGGAGGAGAAGGGGGUCCCGGCUUACGACGACGUCGCGCCCGUCCCCGCGCUGCCUGCCGUGCACUCGUACGUGAAUGUACCGAGCAGUACCGACAACACCUAUGACACGGUGUACGACGCAAACGUGGAGCAGAGGAAGCAGGAGGAGGAGGAGGAGGGCCCGAGAGCAACGACAACAGCUGCAGCAUCUGAUGAUGUAUUCGAGGGGCCUUACGCAGUGACGGAUAUUCCUCAUUUGUCAACCAGCGAUGACGAACGUGAAAUAAAAUCGCUUCAGCAGACGCGUAGCAGCGGCGCCGCCUCACAGGUGGCCCAACCUGCGGCGAUCCCCGAGAGCGGGCCGCCGCCGCUGACCCGCAAGAACUAUCGCUUCAACGAUGAGAACGUUCGCAGCAUCCUGCGCGGCGUCGUUGACCGGGAGGCGCGUGCGCGGGGCUACAGCGGCGCCCACUCUCCCUCGCCGCCGCGCACCAACCUCGACCGCAUCACGUCGAUGUACGGAAGCCUGAUGAACAUCGACGUGGCCGACCUUGAACGCGAGAAUUCGACGACGGAGUCGGAGUGCUCGGCGAGCGUGCCCCGUGAGGGCGACGUGCCGAUGACGCCACCGCUCUUUCCGAAGUUCCCCGUGCGCGGGGGGACGCACAAUGACGAGGAGGAUGACGAUGGGGAGUACGGGAUCGCGAGUCGUCCGGCGGCGGCCGCGGGGCUGGAGAACCGCAGUGCGGGCCGGCCGCGCACGAUGCUGGUGGUCAGCGGCGGCAGCGGCUACUUCAACUGGUCACGGCUAAGCUCGAAGGACGUGAGCAACAGCGACGCGCACGUCAUGGCGUGGGAGAUGAAGCUUGUUGGGUGAUCUCUGACCGUGGAUUGCGGGAUGAACAACAGCACUACAUGACGUGGGAGAUGAAGCUCGUUGGGUGAUCUCUGACCGUGGAUUGCGGGAUGAACAACAGCACUACAUGACGUGGGAGAUGAAGCUCGUUGGGUGAUCUCUGACCGUGGAUUGCGGGAUGAACAACAGCACUACAUAACGUGGGAGAUGAAGCUCGUUGGGUGAUCUCUGACCGUGGAUUGCGGGAUGAACAACAGCACUACAUGGCGUGGGAGAUGAAGCUCAUAGGAUGGCCGUAGAUUCCAAGAUGAACAACAGAGACGUGAACACAUGGCGGGGUAGCUUUUCAGGUGACUUUCACUACCUCUGUCUGAGCGAGAUGGCCACGUCCGUCUCAGAUGCUGUUGCUAGAGCUGUCAUGCUAAUCUAUUUUUGUAUGCGGUGGAUGCCAGAAUGUCGCCCUAGCAGCACGUCGUUACUGAGCAUUAGUUUUAGGACAUCCUAUCGCAAUGCUCAUUAGCUAGAUCUGCCUGUCACUCGGGUCAGGCAUAUAUGCCAAUAUCGGUUGUGGGUUUGCGAUGAGCAGACAGUUUUGACUCGUCUCUAGUCGAGCAGGUAUCGGUUGGAGAAAGAGUGCAGUCGACAUGAAAGAUGGUUCAGUUCUGUAUACCCACUGUAGACGUGGCAUUUUGGGGGUUCGCGAAGUCGCACAAAAACGUGAAUACUGUGCUUGCUUGCACGUUUGUUCGGCAACUCUGUCUGAGUUCUCAGUUUUUCGAGACACUGCUACCAAUUAUAGAUAAAAGAAAUUGGUUAAGUAUGUAUACAUACAUACAUACAUAUUUAGUUAUAUAUAUAUAUACAUAUAUAAUAACUAGUAAACAUAAUAGACGUACGUUUUAUCAAUUAUUAUUGACGGUAGAAUUAGGCUCUGUAAUUAGCGAGUAAUUAAUUGAUCUAUAGUGUUAAUGAUGAAAUUGUUACAUUAGACAGCAUGUCGACUCCUUGUUAGUAUUUUAGAAAAUAAAUUCAGUAGAGCAACGCAAAAUACUGAGCUUUUUAACUAUGAAUACCCCCAAACUGAAUUGAAUAAAUAAUUCUUCGCUAAUAGUAAUAGCCUCGUCUACUCGACGAAAUUUAACUCGAGUUAAGCGUCUAUACGGGGCCG